GCCCGGGCCCCGCCCACCGCUGCCUUCCUCUGCUGGGCGCCAGCUGCUGCUUAGGCCUGAGCGAGAGCCGACGGCGGGCGGGCGCAGCUGCAGCCUGAGCGCCGGCGGGGCUGGUGGGCCCCGCACCCUCUCUCCUCCUCACUGCCCGCGCCCUCGGACAUGGUGGCCCCCGGCUCUGUGACCAGCCGGCUGGGCUCGGUGUUCCCCUUCCUGCUGGUCCUGGUGGACCUGCAGUACGAAGGUGCUGAAUGUGGAGUAAAUGCAGAUGUUGAGAAACAUCUUGAAUUGGGCAAGAAGUUACUUGCAGCUGGACAGCUAGCUGAUGCUUUAUCCCAGUUUCAUGCUGCAGUAGAUGGUGACCCAGAGAACUAUAUUGCUUACUAUCGGAGAGCUACUGUCUUUUUAGCUAUGGGCAAGUCAAAAGCAGCGCUUCCUGAUUUAACUAAAGUAAUUGAAUUGAAGAUGGAUUUCACUGCAGCAAGAUUACAGAGAGGUCAUUUAUUACUCAAACAAGGAAAACUUGAUGAAGCAGAAGAUGAUUUUAAAAAAGUGCUCAAAUCUAGCCCAAGUGAGAGCGAAGAAAAGGAAGCCCAGCUGCAGCUUGGGAAGGCUGACGAGAUGCAGCGUUUGCGGUCCCAAGCGCUGGACGCCUUCGAGAGCGCGGACUACGGCGCCGCUAUAACCUUCCUUGAUAAGAUUUUAGAGGUUUGUGUUUGGGAUGCAGAACUACGGGAACUUCGAGCUGAAUGUUUCAUUAAAGAAGGGGAACCUAGGAAAGCGAUAAGUGACUUAAAAGCUGCAUCAAAAUUGAAGAAUGAUAAUACUGAGGCUUUUUUUAAAAUUAGCACACUGUACUAUCAACUAGGAGACCAUGAACUGUCUCUCAGUGAAGUUCGUGAAUGUCUAAAACUUGACCAGGAUCAUAAAAGGUGUUUUGCACACUAUAAGCAAGUGAAGAAACUGAAUAAGCUGAUCGAGUCAGCCGAAGAGCUCAUCAGAGAUGGCAGGUACAUGGAUGCAACCAGCAAAUACGAAUCUGUCAUGAAAACAGAGCCAAGUGUUUCUGAAUAUACGAUUCGUUCAAAAGAAAGGAUUUGCCACUGCUUUUCUAAGGAUGAGAAGCCUGUUGAAGCUAUUCGAGUAUGUUCUGAAGUUCUGCAGGUGGAGCCUGACAAUGUGAAUGCUCUGAAAGACCGAGCAGAGGCCUAUUUGAUAGAGGAAAUGUAUGAUGAAGCUAUUCAGGAUUACGAAACUGCACAGGAACACAAUGAAAAUGACCAGCAGAUUCGGGAAGGUCUAGAGAAGGCACAGAGGCUAUUGAAACAGUCACAGAAACGAGAUUAUUAUAAAAUCUUGGGAGUAAAAAGAAACGCCAAAAAGCAAGAAAUCAUUAAAGCAUACCGAAAAUUAGCUCUGCAGUGGCACCCAGAUAACUUCCAGAAUGAGGAAGAAAAGAAAAAAGCGGAGAAGAAGUUCAUCGACAUAGCGGCUGCUAAAGAAGUUCUCUCGGAUCCAGAAAUGAGGAAGAAGUUCGACGACGGGGAAGACCCGCUGGACGCGGAGAGCCAGCAAGGAGGCGGCGGCAACCCUUUCCACAGGAGCUGGAACUCGUGGCAGGGCUUCAAUCCCUUCAGCUCAGGCGGACCUUUUAGAUUCAAAUUCCACUUCAAUUAAACCAGCUGUUUUUCUGCUCCUCUUCCUUAAUUUUUUUAAAGAUUAAACACAAAGAAACCUUGUUCCAGGAUCCUAAUGAAAAAAAAAAAAAAUUCAAAUCUUUUAAUUUGUCCAUGACCAAAGAGUUGUUUUACUAGGAAAGAUCGUUUUAUCCAUUUUAGGCCGGAGGCUGGUGGGUGCUCGGAGGCAGGGAGGCGGAGCCGGCUCUGCGUCGGGCACAGCGGCCCCUGCGGACGCGGAGGGUCUGGAAGGGUCUGCGGCGGGCGCGCCUGUGCCGGGGCCUCGGCAGGGCCGCGCGGGAGCCGCGGGGCAGAGGACAGCAGUGCCGACGUGGGUGCGGAGCCCCGAGCUCGUGUUUUAGGAUUCGCGAAGAGAAUGGCAGCAUUCCGAGUCGUACGUUCUUAGGGACGCCUUCGCUUAGCUUCCGGUCGCGCAGUCGCUCGCAAAUACCCGUGAAGUGGCAGAGCCUCCGCGGCCACACGCAUCUCCGUCUCCGCCGGCCUGAGCGCGGCGGCCCCAGGAGGGACGGAGCCUUCGAGGAACCCCGCUGCCAGGUGGGAGUGGCGCUGCGGGUGUAGACGCUGGAUGGACGUGCGGCGCGUCUGCUGUGUCGGGCGCCUGCGAGGGAACACGAGGACCGCGGACGCAGAAUGAGCCGUAAACUCAUCUGGGCUCUUCGGUUUACCGUGGAACGAAAGAGAAGUCAGGCACGACGUAGGUCCGGAUCGGAGAGCGGUGGUGUCACUUGCAGUAGGCUUGCGGUGCGGAGUGAAAUGCUCCAGCCGAAGUCGGAGCUCCGCAGACCUGCCUGCAACAGGACUGCCUUAGAAAGGGAAAGUUGCUCCCAUGCUCCCCGCUUUUAAUAAAGGCGGCGGGGCGGCCUCUCCCGGUCCUGGCCGACCCUCCCGGACUGCAGUCCCGCCCUCCGCCCCCCGUGGGCUGUCUGAGGCCGGGGUUAGACAGGAGACCCGCCCCUGACCCGCCCCCGAUGCCUCUGGUUGUCCCUAGAAAAAAAUACACGUUUACAAAUGUAGUCGCUCUGGCUGCAUGCCCACCAUCCAGAAGGCCUCUCUUCCGGUCCCUUCUUACCUUUUAAGAGACGAACUUAUUCAGUCUUUGGAUACUGGAUAAUUUUUUUCCCUAAAAACUGAGUGUUAACUUUAAUCAAGAACAUUAAAUAUUUACAGAACUACUGAUGCUGCAUUUAAACUCUAAGAGAAUUACUUUAGUCAAGAAUUACUACUUUCAUUAUGGAAAGGUUUUCUUGUUUCGGCCUCAGAGCAUUCUGAUGAGUAUGGGUCUAAUAUAUUGUUUUUCUGAAAUCAAGCAUUUUAAUUUCCGUGGCGGGAGGGGUCCUGGCCACAGCAGCCAAGCACAGAGCCUUUCCUUCCACAGUCAUCCUGAAAUAUAUGUGGAGAAAUUUCUCUAAACGGAGGGAAAAAGUCACAUAGUUGAACUGAGCAGAACGCCUGUGUGCUUUCCGCAUCCUAUUUAAAGUCUGUUUCGUACCAAUAAACUUAAUGCAUUUUGAAAAUUAGUGAAUAGUUUGCAGCUUUCCUUUUGUUUUAAGGUCUCAAAAUUCAAGCCAGUGCUGAAAGGAUCUCUGAGGGAAAUUCGUUUUGUUUCUUUCAUCCUAGCGAUCUCAUGACUCCAUCACAUCAGCACUGUUCGCCAGCCUGGUUCUUUGGCACAUGAUGUCACUGGGACCGUUUUGCAGUCUAGCAAUGGCCUCUACCUACUUUUAAAGUACGAAUUUUCACACAGAAUCAGAACAGUAAUAUGAAAUCACUUGCCUUUCCAUUCAGAGAAGACGAUGAGAAGUCACCCCAAGGAGCCCGAGGGAGUCAGGACGGUGUUGGGCUGGCCGGUGGGAGCUGCGUCCCGGUGCUGGUUCCGUCGCUCACCGUCAGGCGCUGCCCAGACGGCUGCUGGCGUGGCUUUGUCCACACCGGUAAUAAACCUGUAAUUCCCAUUCCUGAAAUCUUACCGCGGACUCAGAUUAGUCACCGUAACUGAAAUGUGCGGUUACUUGCUGGUGUUCAGUGCAGAAAGGGGCUAUGUGCCAAGUGCCGGCGCCACAGAGAGACUUGAGGACAGUGUCGGCCGGAAGUCCGGCCCUGCCGGCCCCGGCCCUGAGAGAGGCUCCGGGUGCGGAGGGCCAGGCCUUUGUCCCGCCGGCCCGCUGGGAGAGCUCGUCCACCGAUGGACCGCAUGGGACUGACAGGCAUUUGACUUGCUUUUGGGUUCCUUCCACUUGCCAGUCUCCUGGCUCUUGUUUCUGGGGCCUGCAGCUACCUGGUAAAUGGCUCUUUCUGGAAAAGUAAAAUCACAGGGGUACCUAGCCUUAGCUGUAGGAGAUUCCUUUCUUAAAUUCCUUCCUUGCUUUUUGGAAAGCUUCUGAAAUGGAGUAUCACUUGUCUGGACAUUGUGGAUAUUUUCCACAGCAGCAAGUAUUAAACACAUCAACCUAAAAACAUGAGAAGGUUCUAAAAGGAGAAUAAAUUUAUUGCCCAUUUUUGAAACUCUGCUUUCUUGGUAUGGAUAAAUGAAAACGUGAAAACAAAAACAACUGUAAUAGUUUACUACUGUGAAUUGGAGGGACGUAAUGCUAACUUUAAACCAUCUUUCUCUUUGGUCAGUAUUAAAAAUGUAUCUUUAAUCAGUAUGAAAACAACUUUUUUGGACUCUGAUAAUGGAAUGUAAAAACUACCCAUAUAUUUUUUUUUUAAAGGGGAAAAUAACCAAGUAGGAAAAAAGUUAAUAGAAUUACAAUUUGAAAUUGGCAGCAUUUCCUGUUCAUGGUGGAAAAUGGAAAAUUUCACUUCAUGAAAACAGAAGUUGUGGCAUUUGCCAUGAAAAAAAUGCGUAAGAUGCUUAAGUUAAAAACGCUUCCUCAGUCAGGCUGGGUUGGAGCUGCCUCCCUUUAAGCACAGGGCGCCGGCGAGGGCCUCGCGAAAGCUCUGAGUGCCAGCCGUGCUGUGAGCUCGCGAACUCCAUGCAACUUAAUUGAAUGUAGUGACUUUCCCGUACUUAGAAAGGAAGGAGGAAGGCAAAUGCUAAUUUGUCGGCAAAUAAUAUCCGUAUUCUAAAUCAGAUCAUUCCUUUUGUUAGUAGCAGAGUCUGUUCUGCAAUUGCAAAUGAUAUUAAUAGGUGGAUUUUUUUUUUUAAAUGGAUGAUCUCAUUUGCUGAAUGAUUUAAGAGUACAGUUAGCCACUGCGUGGCUUUACGUAGAGUGACAGGUUUUGCACUGGUCUGCGGUGGCCUCUUUCCUGCAGUGGAAAGCAGAGCGUGGAGGAAGAAAACGUGGAGAUGUUUGAGAAGUUAAACUGCUACUCCUGCUAGAAGGCUGUUGCUGGUUCUGAAUGAGACAAGACUAAUCCAUCUCAAUUUAGUGUUUUAAUAGAGAAAAUUAAUUGAAAUGGGUCUCAGAUAUGUCUGCAAAUAUGGGUACUAUUUUUAUGCCUGUGUAUUUUCACAUUUAAUAAAAAUAUUUAUGGUCAAA